AUGGCCACCACAGCGGCUGUGAUACCCCCAAAUCCGACGGCGCAUCAUGUCGCCGCGCUCUUGCCCAAGCUGAAUGACAACGACUCGGAUAUUCGCUACAUGUCGUUGAACGACUUGAACCAAAUGCUCACAAUUGGCCACCCCACUUUCAUCUCGCACGACUACAGCUGCUGCGCACGCGUCGUUGAGGGUCUCCUCACCACUCUCAACGACACAAAUGGCGACGUGCAAAACAUGGCCAUCAAAUGCCUUGGCCCAUUCGUCAACAAGGCUCCCGAGAGCAUCCUGUGCCCCACCUUCGACAAGAUCUCCAACCUCCGUACAGACAAUGCUAUCGACAGUUCAAUCCCCGCUCUCGCGGUAAGAGCCAUGGUCGUCGCUCUCCCUCGCCCUACGCCGUCGAUACCUCGCACUCAGAAGGUCAACGAAGCCUAUCUAGCCAUCAGUCGUGCGCUGAUCCCUCGCCUUGUCGGUUACACAGUCAUUGCUACAGGCAAGAACCUUCCUGCACCACCUAAGGGUAUGAUCCAAAUCGAGAUCGAGACUGGUAUCGACAGCAAUGCUAUUGAUGUUCUGGUCGAAGUUGCUCGCUGUUUCGGCUCCAUGUUGCAGGAGGUGGAAGUAGAAGCCCUACAAAAGGUCACAACUGAGGUGCUGGACAACCCUCGCUGCAGUACCGUCAUGAAAAAGAAGGCUGUCACCGCGCUCUCUGUGCUGUCACCCUACUUCUCCGAUUCUCUCCUGAGUUCAGUCGUGUCUCGUUCCAUCGAAAGUUUGCGCCAGAGUCACCUCACGCCCGCUCAACGUCGUCUAUACCUCACCACAUUCGCUUCUAUGGCUAAGUCGAUACCCCGCAAAUUUGGGCCUUACCUCAGAACACUAGCACCUUUCGUCCUGUCACCCUUAAGUGAAGAGGAGCUAGAUCAACAAAACGAGGAAGCCGCCGAAUCAGAUGAAGGCCGUGACCCUCAAGUGGAGGAGGUACGCGAGGCUGCAUUACUGGCUCUAGAGUCGUUCUUGGCCUCUUGUGGACAGGACAUGACGCCAUACCUCCCCGAGUUGAUCGACUCAUGCCUUCGUUUCGCAAAGUACGAUCCCAACUAUGCGGGCGACGAGGACGAUGAGGAUAUGGAAGGAGCAGAGAGUGACCAAGAUGACGACUUCGACGUCGAUGAGGACUUUGAGGAGGAGACUGGCUUUGACGAUGAGGAUGAUGUUAGCUGGAAGGUGCGCCGCGGUGCCGCAAAGCUCAUCCACACCUUGAUCGCCACGAAAGGAAGUGGCGAUCUAUUGGACAGCGGUAUUCUCUAUGAAAAGAUCGCGCCUGCCCUCCUAUCACGAUUCCAAGAACGUGAAGAGAGCGUACGCCUCGAGGUCCUUUCAACCCUUGCCUUCCUCAUCAGAAAAACUGGUGAAGUCAGCUCUGUAUCCAGUCAUCGCAGAACCUCCUCAGCUACCGGCCCUCCCGUCAGCCGCAAGCGUCGCCGCGACAGUAGCUUCUCCAGCGAACGCCCUCAAGUGUCACUGUCCAACGGAUAUGUUUCGCCAUCUACACCCCCACCCCAAGGCGGCCCUCAAGUCAGCUUGUCCGCAAUCAACCCUCAGAUCGUGCAAAGUUCUGCCAAAUUGCUCAAGUCGAGCACUGUACCUACCAAGCACGCUGUCAUCUCUCUGCUUACAGAUCUGGUUACUGCUCAGCACGGUGGUCUUUCGCAGCGUAUCGAUCAGGUCAUUGACCCUGUACUCGAUGCCAUGAAGUCUACUGCUGGCACAUCUGGAGGUGCUUCCGUCACAAACAAUGCUCUCCGUAUUGAGUCUCUACGUCUGCUGCGCGUUGUUGCCGACAGUCAUUCAUCCAAGGUCGUUGAGCCUUAUCUUAGCAAGAUUAUGCCUGCCUUGACCGUUGUAUCCAAAGAGAAGUUCAGCAAGGUGUCGAGCGAAGCGUUUGACACAAUUCAGGUGUACAUCAAGGCUCUCACACCACCUCGCUCUGCGGGCUCAAAGCAGCAAAAUGCAACCUAUCUGCAACAAAUCUACGACACUGUUGUGCAACGCAUCUCCGCUUCUGACACUGACACCGAAGUGCGCCAGAAGGCUGUUCAAUCUCUUGGUCUCUUGAUUGGUCGCACGUCUGGAGGUUCAGCUCUUCUCAGCCAACAGAGCAGGCUUUCAGGCUUGCAGCUGAUUAAUGAACGUCUGCGCAAUGAGCUCACUCGUUUGGCAUCGGUCAAGGCCAUUGAGACUGUUGCGAUUCUGGCGCAAGGCUCCAAGGAGUUCACACCCGAUUGGGUCCGUGAUGUCGCGCUUGAGUUGGGUGCUCAACUUCGCAAGUCUAGCAGAACGCUGCGCGGUACCAGUCUUGCCGCACUCAAGCGUCUUGCUGCUAACCCUGCAUGUCGCGAGAAUCUUGAUGACGAGACUGUUCAGAAGAUUGUUCAGCUUUUGCUGCCCUUGAUUCUCAUAGAUCAGGACCUUCACCUGAUUGGCCCUGCGCUGGUCAUCAUCGGAUCGUUCGCCAACGAGAGACCCCAGCUUGUCCUCGACGCCGAGGUUGUCCGUGCCUAUUGCUUUGUAACCAAGAUGGACCUUACUGGUGCCGCACUCGAUGCGCUGCUUGGGUCUCUCGAAAUCAUCGGCAAGAAGGGUGCCGGCAAGAACCUGAUGAAGGCAUUGCUCGGCGAGGUUGGUGUCAACGGCAACCCCGAGCUUGUUGGUCAGGUUAUUGGCGUACUCCUCGUCGCUGGAGGUAACUCCGUCGGUGUCUCGCUGGCAGACUUCGAAGCCGAGCUGAAGACCACAUCUGACGAGAAGCGUAAAUGCCUUGCUCUCUACAUCCUCGGUGAAGCUGGCCUUCGUAUGGGUCCUUCCUUCCCAUAUGGUCCUGAAGUCUUCACUUCCUUCUUCUCGACCUCGGAGAAGGUAGCUCUUGCUGCGGCAGUCGCGCUGGGUCGUGCUGCUGCAGGUAACGUUUCGAGCUACCUACCUCAGAUCCAAUCCAGUAUGAGCCAAGGAAAACAGUAUCUACUUCUGCAUACAAUCAAGGAACUGCUACAGCACACUGCUGCUGAAACAGAGGUCAUCAAGUACUCGAAGCAGCUCUGGGACAAUAUCAUCACCGCAUCACAGGUCGAAGAUAACAAGGUCGUUGGUGCCGAAUGCAUCGGCAGAUUGGCCACAAUUGAUCCUGCUGCAUACCUUCCUCAACUGCAGGCAUACCUAAGCGACCCAAAGCCUACUGUACGCGGCAUGGUCAUCUCAGCUCUUCGUUACACGUUCUCUGACACUGAUCCCUCGUACGACGUCUACCUGCAGCCUAGCAUCGUACCCAUGCUCACUACCAUGCUCAACGAGACCGACUUGCAUAACCGUCGCCUCGCUCUUACUACCUUCAACUCUGCUGCACACAACAAGCCUGAUUUGAUUCUUCCUCAUCUGGACACUCUCCUGCCUCUUGCCCUGAAGGAGACUGUCAUUAACACCGAGCUGAUCCGCGAGGUCUCUAUGGGUCCUUUCAAGCACAAGGUUGACGACGGUCUCGAGCUUCGCAAAUCUGCAUACGAGACUUUGUACGCUCUGAUGGAGACUGCAUUUUCUCGUAUCCCGAUCCCAGCCUUCUACGACCGUGUGCAGGCCGGUGUCGGCGAUGAGCAUGAGAUCAAGAUCCUGUGUUGUUUGAUGCUGACCAAGCUCAUCACACUCGCACCUGAGGAGACUGUUCGCCGUCUCGAAAGUCUGGCAGCCUCAUUUAGAGCAGUUCUUGCCUUCAAGCCUAAGGAUACUGCCGUCAAGCAAGAGCUCGAGAAGCUCGGUGAGCAUAACAAGGCUAUUGCCAAGGUCAGCGUCAUCAUCAACAAGACUCUCCCUGCCGAGACUACAGCAGAUCACGUACGUGCAUGGGCCGACUACUGGGACUGGGCUAGAAAGGACAUGGCUGUUGUCGUCAAGGGCGCUGAGGAUGAGCUGAAGGAAAAGGAUCGCUAG